GCGCCAUUUGGAUAGGCCGGCUGCCGUGCCGCGGCGUCUAAUCACGGUAGCUAGAGCGGCUAUCUAUCAAACUGGCCGAUAGAGUGACAUCAUCAUCGUCCGUGUCCCCUGUGAGGUGCGAGCUGCCUGCCCUGCCUGCUGCGUCUGUCGCGCGCUCCCCUUUAAGACGCGCCGUUCUGGAGUUGUUUAUUCUAGCCUCCGCGCUCGAGCUAAAAAGCGGGGGAGGCGCGCAGAGCUGUGAUGUAAGCAGGGGAGAGAACGCCUUUUAUUUCACCGCCGACUCGACUGGCAGAAUGCUGUAGUUCCUUUUCUGUCGGCCCAAAUCCUCGGUCGGGAGGAGGGAGCUGGCAGCAGGGAGUUUGCGCUCCAUUCACAUUCACACGGACGGAAAUGAGCAGAGGAGGGGGGAGAAGGACCCACCGCGGUAUCAUCCCCUUUAACAACAACUGGGACAUAGCGGAGAGAGAAAAGGAGAGGAGGGGGAGAAGAAAGAGGAAUUAAAAAAGAAAAGGAAGAAAGAGACAGGGAGGGAGGGAGGGAGAGCGAGAGAGAGCGCGAUAAAAAAAGAAAGAUGACAUCCCCUGAAUUGAGGCGCCGAGGUGGAGAGGCGGGCUGCAGCCGCGCUCUGGCGCUCCUAGCCGGGGUCAGGGCUUGAAUCCAACAACGAGGCUUCGACAACAAGCCCCAUUGGCCUGUUGGGGGAAGCGAGAAAAAAACAGAUUUAUGAAUCGAAACAUUAACUGCUACUCGUUCUAAUGCGUGUGUUAGAAAACGUUACUUUUUAAAAAAGAUGCCUGAAAUACUACAUUCAAUCAUAAUGCUCAGUGUUAGCAUCAUGCAUGAUUAUGUUUUGGUUAAAAAAAAAACAUUAUUGAUUUCGUGUGCUGAUAUGUUGAAUUUUCAAAGUCAUGCAUAUUAAAAGUAAUGCGUUAUUUUGACAGUCGAACCCCAGUCUGGCAAUGCGUAAAAGUUAGAAACCAAACUAAAAGAAUACUCCAGUAGAUUGCAGAUAUUGCUAUAUGCAUAAUCGGUACGCGUUUUUAUGAAUGGUUAUGAAAUAAUAACUUGGCAUAGUGUGGCUACUAUACAGAACAAGUCUGGACAGUAUCGCCACGGGUGCUCUUGUUCUGCGUAAUUUCUCCAAUGUAUGAUCCCCGUAGCGGUAGUUCAGUUUGCGUAAUGCCCCCGGCGCUGCCACAGCGCAAUUAUUAGGCAGCAAUAUACAUACUUAGCUCUCCUGGAUAGAUAGGGUACAUCCCGCUGCUGAACUGCCGAGCAAAAUGGAUGCUGCGUGGAGCACUUUUCUCUUCCAGACCACACCCACCCAAACCCAAGUGGAGGGCUCUCUCCAAUCGGAGCUGAUGUCUGUCCACACGACCUCGUCCGAAACCCCGCCCCCGGAUCACAUGGCCCCGCCCCCGUCCACGGUGGACACAGCAGCCCUGAAUGAGGACCCAGUUCCAGUAGUGCCAGUGAAGCCUGUGUCCCGGCCCGGGUCUGGCCAGCGCGUGGCCCACAUCUGUGCCAUCUGCAGUAAGCAGUUCAAGAACAGCUACAACCUGCGCCGCCACCAGUCAGUCCACACGGGGGUGCGCAUGAAGGACCGUGCGGCGCGGGAACGAGAGGCAGCAGCCGCCAACGCAGCCGCCAUGAAGGAGGAGGGGGGAGUGGAGGGUGGCCAUGUGGUAGGUGGCAUGACGGUGGGCACGGUGAGUAUGGGUGGCAUGACGCUGGGCACAGCUACCACCACCACGGUGCCCCUCUCCCUGCUGCACCUGUCCACCGUGCCGCAGGUGUUGACGUCGGCGCCCCCCGGUGGCCAACAGCAGCAGCAGCAGCAGAUGGGGAGCGUGAUGUCGACCCACGUCCACACCCACCCUCACGCCCACCCCCACGCCCACGCUCACACUCACGCCUAUGCCAACCCCGGUGCCACCCUCAUCGUCCAGCCGCAGGAUGCCAGCAGCGGGGGGGUGACCAUGGCAACCGUGGCCACCACCACCACCACCGUCAGCCCCCUGCCCCCCCCGGCCCCCGCCAACGCCAUCGUCAUGUCAACAGGGGAUGCUGUACAGCAGCGGCAGGUGAACCCGAGUGCUAACCCGGUGCGUAAGAACCAUGCGUGUGAGACGUGCGGUAAGGCCUUUAGAGACGUCUACCACCUGAACCGCCACCGCCUCUCACACUCCGACGAGAAACCAUUCAGCUGCCCCAUAUGCCAACAGAGAUUUAAGCGUAAGGAUCGUAUGAGCCACCACGUCAGGUCUCACCAGGGGGGUGUGGAGAAGCCAUACAUCUGCCCCAACUGCUCCAAAGCCUUCUCCAGGCCUGACCAUCUCAACAGUCAUAUCCGGCAGGUGCACUCUUCAGAACGGCCCUUCAAGUGUCCGACGUGUGAAUCAAGCUUCGCCACGCGGGACCGUCUGCGUGCACACAUGAUCCGCCACGAGGAGAAGGUGCCAUGUCACAUCUGUGGGAAGCUGCUGUCGGCUGCUUACAUCACGGAUCACAUGAGAGUCCACAACCAAUCACAGCACCACUCCUGCCACCUCUGCAACCGCAGUUUCACCACGUUGACCUACCUGCGCGUGCACGCCCAGAAGCACCACGGGCAGGAGUGGAAGGAGAGCGGGGGCACGUUCGGCUCGGUGGGAGCGGGGGGCGUGCUGGUGUGCCAGCUGUGCGGGGUGCACUGCAAGACGCCCACGCAGCUGCAAGGCCACAUGGGUACCCAUAAUCCACCUCUCAGCGGCGCGCCCAGCCCCGUGGUGACGUCACCGCCCCCGCACAGCGUCGCCGGGGGAGUGGCCACCGUCACCCUUAGCAACGUGGUCACCGCCGCGCCCACCAUAUCGCUAGGCAACAUGGUCACCGCUCCCAUGGUGUCGCUAGGCAACAUGAACAUGGUCGCCACGCCAACAGCCGUGUCGCUUAGCAACAUGGUGACGUCUCCGACGGCUGUGUUUGUGAGCGGGAACACGGUGGUGGAUCUACUGGUGACCGACUGCUCCAGCAUCGCCCAGCAGCCUCACAGUUAGCAACACACACACAUGUAGACACACACACACCAUACACACACACACACAGUAUAUACACAGGCACGCACGCCCACACACACACACACAAACACCCAGUAUAUACACACGCACACACACACUCACACAAACAAACACACAGUAUAUAGAGACGCACGCACGCCCACACACACACACACACACACACACACACACACACACACACACACACACAGUAUAUACACACGCACACACACAAGCAGGUCAGGCAGACUGCAGUUGCAGGUUAACAUGCACAUACAGGACACAUGCUUCUAACCACACACACACACACACUUGCACGUGCAUACAGAUGCACUACACACAAACAAAUACUGCACACACAAUGAUAGCACACAUGUUAGCAGGCACACACACACACACACACACACACACACACACACACACACACACACACACACACACACACACACACACACACACACACACACACACACACACACACACACACACACACACACAGCUGCUGACUUACUACGAUCUUAAAGCUGGCAGCCUAAAUGAACACUAACAUAGGAAUACACACACACACAAAUACACUAACAGGAAUACACACACACACAAAUACACUAACAUAGGAAUACACACACCUGCACACAAAUACACUAACAUAGGAACACACACACACACACACACACACACACACACACACACACACACACACACACACACACACACACAAAUUCACUAACAUAGGAAUACACACACAACACACAAAAACUGAAAUGGGAAAAAAAACGCACAAUGGUAAAGGCUCAUAUGCAUGAAAAACAGAAACACACACACACAUACACACACACACACACACAUACAGACACACACACACACACAUGCACACACAAGAGAUCCACAAUACUGUCCUGCCCUUGGCCAACACACACUCUCUCUCUCUCUCUCACACACACACACACACACACACACACACACACACACACACCGAUUAGCUCUAGAAGAACCAGAGUCCAGUAGAAGCAGUAGCUGAACUAAGCAUGAUGACAACCCAUCAUACAGCAUGACCUGUUAGCACACACACACACACACACACACACACACACACACACACACACACACACACACACACACACACACACACACACACACACACACACAGAACACUGAUGACAACCCAUCACAGCAUGACCAGUAAGAAUACAACCAGACGGAACAUUCUCAAACGGAAUGCUGAGGUGGUAACCGUGGCGCUGACCUCCAACCCUCAUCAUGGACAAGGCUGUGCAUGCCCCC